AUGCAUGAUAUAGCUGACUUACAAGUAACGGCUGAUCUCGUUGAUGGUUAUGGUCGUCCGCCACAUUUUGAGAAAACGCUCUACGAAGUGGAAUUCUCCGAGGAAAGCGAAAUUGGCACCUGUCUGCUGAAGGUAACGCUUUCCUUCUCACAAACACAGCCAUUUAGAGCGCGAUCUUUGUUUGACUACGGUAUGAUCCGCAGCUGA